UUAUUCAUAUUAUACGGCACCGUUUAGAAUACGCCGCAAACCCCGCUUCUUUGAUCGGCUGAUCCCAAGCAAGCGCACCCCGUGUCGUUACAAGAGUUUCGGGAUUAAAUCUUAGUCCUCAAGGAAUCCAGUCCAUCCUGAUAAGAGAGAAACUGAGAGAAAAAAGUAAAAGUGUAAAGCGAAGAAAACAAAAUUCUGAAAAUGUCGCAUGAUAGCGACGGAGGAGGAGGAGGGAGCGGUAGCUUGGCGGAGAAGCGGAGGCUGGAUCAGCUACCAGCAGCUCUACUGGCUACAAUCAUGACGAAGCUCGACAUGGCUUCCGUCUGCUCCGCCGCCGCAACUUGUAAAACUCUCAGGACCUGUGCUUCUCAUCUCCUCUCCUUCCUCCCCACCUUCCAUCUCCUCGACAUUGCACCGUCAAGCGAGUUGAUCAGGCCGUUGUUGCCACCAAACCCGUACCUCAGGAGCCUCAAGCUUGACUGUGGUAGACUCGAUGAUUCAGCGAUCGAGCUAUUCACUCGGCCUUCUUUGCAAGAGCUUUUUCUUCACAACUGUGAGGAUUUUAAUGGGCGGUUGCUCUCUGAGAUUGGAGCAAGAUGCAGGGAUCUGAGGGUUCUCUGCUUGGGUUCGGUGGCUGAGAAAAGAGGGCGAGCCAUUCAUAAUUCUGAUCUGGAGGAGUUACUUAGUGGUUGCAGUAAGUUAGAAGCACUGAUGCUGAUGUUCGAUGUCUCAUUAUUUGUUCGUAAUAACUUCCCUCGUGUUUGGUCUUUAGCUUCACAAAAACUUACUUAUCUUGAGAUUGGCUACAUUUCUUCUGUUAUGGUUACUGAACUGCUUAGCCCAAAUAUCAGACCCCAUCAGUCCCUCAAUCCCAUUCAGCCGUUAAUAUUGCCAAACAUCCAGAAAUUGUGCCUUUCAGUUGACUAUAUUACUGAUGCUAUGGUAAGCACAAUAUCAAAAGGUCUUGUCUCCUUGACACAUUUGGACCUUCGCGAUACACCCUUAGUGGAACCAAGGGUUUCAUUUGAUCUUACAAAUGCUGGAUUGCAACAAAUUAAUCAACAUGGGAAAUUGAAGCACCUUUCACUUGUCCGAAGUCAGGAAUUACUCAUUACCCAUUUUAGAAGAGUUAAUGAUCUAGGGAUACUCUUGCUAGCUGACAGAUGUACAAACAUGGAAAGCAUUCAUCUUGGUGGGUUUUGUCGUGUUACCGAUACAGGUUUCAAAACUAUUUUGCAUUCUUGCUCCAGCCUAUACAAGCUUAAGGUGUCUCAUGGCACUCAACUAACUGAUUUAGUUUUUCAUGAUAUCACUGCAACUUCACUUUCUCUGACCCAUGUCAGUUUGAGAUGGUGUAGUCUUCUGACCAACCAUGCAGUGAAAAAUUUGGCAUCGAACCUGGAACUUGAGGUUCUUGACUUGAGAUGCUGCAAAAGCCUUGGGGAUGGAGCCCUACAAGCUGUCGGUAAUCUUCCUAAACUAAAGGUUUUAUUAUUGGAUGGCUCUGAUAUAAGUGACUCCGGGCUAGCAUAUUUAAGAGCAAGAGUCAUAAGUUCAUUAAUUUCAUUGUCUAUUAGAGGGUGCAAAAGACUGACAGAUAAAUGCAUCUCUCUUCUGUUCGAUGGCACCUCUAAAUUGGUGUUGCGAGAACUGGACCUAUCAAAUCUUCCUCACCUGUCUGAUGGUGGAGUUUUGACGCUUGCAAAGUGUCGAGUUCCAGUAACUGAACUCCGACUUCGACAAUGUCCCCAUGUAGGUGAUACUUCAAUCAUGGCAUUAGCCUCUAUGCAGGUUGAUGAGGACAGGUGUCAUGGUAGUAGUUUGAAGUUGUUGGAUCUUUACAAUUGUGGUGGCAUUACUCCACUCACAUUCAGAUGGUUAAAGAAACCCUACUUUCCAAGGUUGAGAUGGUUAGGGGUGACAGGAAGUGUAAAUAGGGAUAUUGUGGAUGCUUUGGCUAGAAAUCGACCAUUUCUACGCGUGGUGUGCCAUGGAGAGGAACUCGGCUUUGACCAGUGGGAUGGCUCAGAUGGGGUAUACAUGCAUGACUAUGAUGAAGUGGAUGAACUUGAACAGUGGCUCCUAGAAGGUGAGGAUGAUGAAAGUGAGGAUGAAGAGAUGGAAGAUGCUGAAAAUAAUGAAGAAAUGAUACCAUAACUUUCCUGAGCAGGGUUUUACUCUAUAUUUACUGGUAUCAAGAUGGCAGUUGUAGAUAUGCAGAAAUUGUGACUCUUAGAUGAAACAAUUUGCUUGACAAGAUUAUGACCUUGUAUGUAUGUGUGUAUGGAUGUAAGGAUCUGUUCACCCCUCUGGCUUUGUUAUUUAUUAUGGAUGUCCAGUUAUAUGUGUAUAAUGUUACUCAAUGCACAAACUUUUGAUUUCA